CAAAGAUAUAGCAAGAAAAAGGAGAAUGGGGAGAGCUCACGUGGUGGCGAUUCCGUAUCCAGCGCAAGGGCACGUGAUUCCGAUGAUGGAGCUCGCGCAGUGCCUAGCGAAGAACGGCGUGAGAGUGACGUUCGUGAACACGGAGUCGAACCACCGGCGGGUGGUGGAGGCGCUGCCGAUGCAGAUGGAAGAGCUGCUGGAUUUGGUUUCGGUGCCGGACGGUCUGGAUUGCUGGGAAGAUCGCAUGGAUUUCGCCAAGUCGGUGGAGGCGCUGGGCAGGGUGCUGCCGCCGGAGCUGCAGGCGCUCAUCCAAUCCAUAAACGCCACGCAGACCGACGCCGUCACCUGCAUCGUCACUGACGUUUUCAUGGCCGGGAUCACGCAGGCCUACGAGAGCUUCCGACUGAUCAAGCGAGCAGCGUUCCUCCCCGCGGCAGCCGCGCUGCUCGCCUUAACCACCAGCGCCGACAAACUCGUCGACGAUGGAAUCAUUGACACCAACGGAACUCCGCUGCAGAGCGAGCCAAUCCGGCUGUCUCCCUCCAUGCCGGCUGUGAACCCAAACCACUUCGCCUGGCUAUGCCUCCCCGACUUAGCCUCUCGCAAACUCAUCUUCCAAUCCGUAGUCGACAACAACAAAUCAGCGAAGCUCGCCGACUUCCUAAUCUGCAACUCCUCCUCCGCGCUGGAGCCCGCCGCCCUCGGCUUCCUCGGCAACUGCCGCCCCAUCGGCCCCCUCCUCGGCAGGCAGGCGGGCCACUUCUGGCCCGAAAACCCCACCUGCCUAUCCUGGCUCGACCGGCAGCCGCCCAGCUCCGUCGUCUACGUAGCCUUCGGCAGCUUCACGCUCCUGGACCCGGUCCAGUUCCGGGAGCUGGCCCUCGGCCUCGAGCUCACCGGCAUGCCCUUCCUCUGGGUGGUGAGGCAGGACGUAGGCGAGGCCGAGGGCCCCUACCCGGACGGGUUCGAGGAGCGGGUCCGGGGGCGGGGGAAGACGGUGGGGUGGGCCCCGCAGCAGCGGGUGCUGGCCCACCCGGCCGUGGCCUGCUUCGUGACGCACUGUGGAUGGAACUCGACCGUGGAGAGCAUCAGCAGCGGCGUGCCCGUGCUGUGCUGGCCUUACUUCGCGGACCAGUUCCUCAACGAGACGUACGUCGUUGACGAGUGGGGGGUGGGGGUGAGGCUGGAGAGGGACGGCGGCGGAGUGAUUGGGAGGGAGGAGAUAAGGAGGAAGGUGGAGGUGGUUUUGGGAGAUGGAGGCUAUAAGAAACGGAUGGUGGAGCUUCAAGGCAAGACGUUGGCUACUAGUGCUGAAGGUGGCUCCUCUCAUGCUAAUUUAUGUGAUUUCAUAGAUUGGAUUAAGGAAGAGUAGAUAUAGAUAGUAGUGUAUGGUAUCUCCAUCUUUGGAUGAUGAGAGCAUAGAAUUUUAGUUAUUGUGUUUUCAUUAAUUCAUCUGUAAAUUAGUGCACAUGCGUGGUUGGCACUCUAUUGGACACGACCGAAAUUCUGCAGUUUUUGGUUUCCUAUCGUCUCCACG